AGGUGAAAGGCUAAAAAGUGGCGGGAAAAGCAAAGGGGCUUCCAGGUCGGUGCUGCACCGGAGAGGCUGACGUGGUUGUGGGUUCGAAUCCCCUCUUGGAAAGGUGAAAAGAACUGAAGUCAGGUCAGGAGCUCCAGAUCUCGAAACGGGAACUUGCCCUUAAAGACUUCCAUGCUGUGUUUGUGUAGCCAGUUUUGCAAAGAUGUCGGUAAAUCCCAUGGCCUACGAGGCCCAGUUCUUCGGCUUCACUCCUCAAACGUUCAUGUUGCGGAUUUUUGUAGCCUUCCAGGACCACCUUGCUCACAUAAUGCUUGUGGUGGAGGACACGAUUCUAAAUAAAUUGGAGUGCAUCCGUCCCAAUAAGCUCACACCUUCCCUAAUCCGGAGGAGCACGGAGCAGUUCUUCUCUUUAAUGAAGAAGAUUUUCAACAACCUCUUUGGCAAAAUGGAAGACACCCUUCUGAAAACAGUGUUGAACAUCCCCCCAAAUGUUUUGCUUCCGGAAGACAAAGGCCAAGAGGAAUUCCGCUACACUCCAGAACAGUUUCAGGAGCUCCAGCAUGAGAUUGACCAGCUGGAACGACAACUCAAGGCCGAAAGCUCAGCCGAACAGGCUCUUCUGGCAGAGCUGGAGGAGCAAAAGAUUGUCCAAGCGCACUUGGAAGGGAUCCGCCAGUGGUUUGACGGCCUUGACAAUGUAGGCAGAGAAGAGGGGGUUGGAAACCUGAAAGAAAGCUUUUCCGCCUUGUCAAAAACUGCUGUCAAACUCCAGAGUGUCGUGCGGGAGGUGGAAGAGAGAAUGAACAAGCUGAAGAAGUGAUUGUGUAAAGGUGGGGAUGUAGAACCUUCAAAUGUUAUUGGGACUCUCGCUCCCAUCAGACCCAGCAUGGCCAAUGGUCUGGUGGAGCUUUUUAGUCCAGCCACAUUUGGAGGGCCACAUGUUCCUCACCCCUAGUGGCAAAUAAAAUGGGAUCCAUUGGAUCAGUGUUGCUGUUCUGCCUUAGAAGUAUUGCAAGAAGCUUUCUGCAUCUGGAGAUGGCCUUGUGGUCCCACUCGCUAGCUGUUGGUCAAAACUGGGCAGCUACUCUCGUGACCCAUCUAUUCUCACCCACCCGCCUCUAAUGAAGAGCUUUGUGACAGGAGCAACCCUGCCAUGGACACUCCUCCCCAAUAUAUUGCAGGACCUCUUCUGGGGAGGAAUUGCUCCUUAAGGCAGCUGGAAUCUACAGGAUGGCCCAAAAGUAGCUGUACUGCUUUAGAAUCCACUUUCUUUGUUCUUGACUGUUCUUUGAUUCAGCUGUAAACCUACUUCUGUAGAUCUACUUUUGGGCCACCUUGUAUGUAUGCAGAACUAUAUAAUUACACUCUUAACUCUGAAACUUUUAAGAAUGGGCACAUUUUUCUUUGUGUGUCUCCUGUCUUUCAGGCCACUGCCCUCAUAGUUUAUAUUAAUUUUACCUUGUUAUUAUUUAUAAGCUGCUUCUUGCCUAGCGUAGGGUAAAAAUGUUUUCAGCUCUUAGCUGUGCCGAUACCUUUACUUAGUUUCUCAAGUGUGCUUAUCGACAAUGUGCCUCCAUGUGAUGUGUUUUCCAGCAAUGCUUUGAACUGGAAAAUGGUUAAACUUGCAUUGCAAGAUUUCCAGUUUUAAAUAUAAAUAUUCCCUAGAGUAAGGUGUUUCAGGGCGUUUGGUUUGGUUUACUGAAUACACAUAAACUGAUCACUUUGAAACAGCCAUGGCUGCCUGUGUCGGUUUGUUGUUACUGAACUUAUGAAAUGGGAUGUUUUCCAAUGAAAAAGUAAACCCUGGAGGUUUUCAUUUUGGAAAACAUUCCACCCUGUGGCACUGCCCACCUUCGAGGACUGUUAGACAUAUCCCACGAGAUAUGGUGGGCUCUUCUUCCUUAGAGGUUUUUAAGCAGAGGUUGGGUGGCCAUCUUUCGUGUAUGAUCUAGUUGGGAUUCCUGCAUUGCAGGGGAAUGGACUACCGUAUAUUCCGGCGUAUAAGACUGGGCAUAUAAGAUGACCCCCAACUUUUCCAGUUAAAAUAUAGAGUUUGGGAUAUACUUGCCGUAUAAGAAAUACGACCCGGUGUAUAAGACGACCGACUUUUGAGAAGAUUUUCCUGGGUUAAAAAGUAGGAAUAUACAGUAGAUCAGUGUUUCUCAACCUUUUUUGGGCCACGGCACACUUGUUCCGUGAAAAAAAUCACGAGGCACACCACCAUUAAAAAAGUUUAAAAAAUUAACUCUGUGCUGCCCUAUAUUGACUAUAAUUAUGAUGGUAAGAAACACUUGCCAAUUGCUGUGUUGGUUGCAAUCUCCUGUAAUAAGGCUUCACAAGCCGUCCGGCGGGUCAUUGUUGCGUAUUGGCGGCCACCAGGCUCGUUUGCACUGAGCUUUGGGAAAGAGGAGGAGAAAUAUUGCUUUCCGGCGGGUCAGUGUUGUAAAUUGGCGGCCGCCAGGCACGUGACAAUGCAAAUCGCCCCUCUCGUCACGGCACGUCGCGGCACACCAGCCAGCCUCUCGCGGCACACUAGUGUGCCGCGGAACAGUGG